AUGCAACCUCGUCUUUUAGAGCGGUUAACGCCAAGUAUUACUCAAAUGGCUAAAGUACCGCCCGAGAAAAAACGUAAGCCAAAUUAUCACUACUUCUUGACUGGAAGUAAUUUCACUGGGAGUUGGUUACCUGCUUUGCAUAUUAUGGAAGGUUACGGAGUGUAUACCUUUCCAGAUGGUAGUGAAUAUCGUGGUUAUUUUGCAAAAGGGGUUUUCCAUGGUUACGGGCUUUUACAUUUGACGAAACCAUACGGUAUCACAUUCAAAGGACUAUUUAUUGAGGGUCACCUAAGUGAAAUGGUAGAUAUUUGGUUUGAUGACAAUGUACAUGUGGAAGCUAGUUUCCAAGGCUGGAAAGCCGAUUUCGCCAAAUGGCGUUACUGCUGUCAGGGUGAUCGACGUUACUUAGUGGAGCGAGUUGAAGGUUUGGCAGCAGUUGGAUUAAAAUCCUUUAAAAGGAUCGGACAACCGCCUUUUAUACCAAAAAAAUUGUAUGACGUGGGAGAAGGGUUGUAUAAUCCGGUGACCCGCAUGAUAAUAAAGAGACCGAAUCCCUUUCCUUCGUGGCAUUACGUGGCGUGUGAAGGGGACCAUUAUAAGAUUACAGAAGGUUGCCGCUCUGGCACCCCUCCAACCGUGAAAGAUAUACCUCUACAAACUCGUCGCCAAAUUGUGCAACUUAAUGUAAAGAGUGCGGAAGAGCUGGAAGAGGCGGUGCCAUCUUGCAAUUAUGAUCCGAUCAAAGAGCGAAAGAAGUUUUUAAAAGGAAUACGUCGAGCUUUCGAAAAAAACCCAGAUAACCUUCAAGCCAGAUUAAUGACAGAUUUGGAUAAAAGCGAGUCCUCCGUAUGUGUUGGAACUGCUUGGGGCGUGAGUACAUCAUCUUGUUCCAGUUUUAGUUGCAAAUCAUUGAACGUAGAUAGGGAAGAGCAAUUGGAAACGACAAGAGAAUAUGAUAAACACGUGUGGGGUCGCCUCCCUUCCGACCAAUCGUUUUUUCGUGCUUCGUGA